CGGUCCCGCCCGGCGCGGCCCGGCCCGGCUCAGCCCGGAGCCCCUCGGUGCGUCCCGGUGGCUCCCGCUGGCUGCCGGCGGCUCCCGGUUCCGCCCGGUACCGCCCGCAGGGACCCGCCGAGGCUCUGCGCAGUGGGACCGCGGCUGUCCCGGAGCGUCCCGGGCUGUCCCGGCGGUGCCGGUGGGGCCCGGUCCGGCCCGGAUGGUGCUGGCCGGGGGCCGAGCCGCGCCGUGAGCCCGGAGCGCUCCGCAUGGACCCCCGCGGGAUGCGGCCCGGGGCGCCCGUGCUCCUGCUCAGCUUCCUGCUCGCCGUGAGCGGCGGUGGCCGCGUGGAGGUGCCGCGCAGCGUGACGGCCGUGCUGGGCCAGGACGUGGUGCUGCCGUGCCGGUACCGGGCGCAGGAGCAGGAGCAGGUGGUGCAGGUGACGUGGCUGAAGCGCGGCCCGGGCGCGGUGCCCGCCGAGGUGGCCGUGCUGAACCCGCAGCACGGCGAGCACGUGCAGGAGCCCUUCGCCGGCCGCGUGCUGCGCCACGGCCACGGCGACCUGGGCGACGGGGCCAUCGUCCUGCGCAACGCCGUGCAGGGCGACGAGGGCGACUACGAGUGCCACCUGAUCACCUUCCCCAUGGGCAGCUUCGAGGGGCGCCUCACGCUCAGGGUGCUGGUGCCACCGCUGCCCAUCCUGAACCCGGGCCCGCCGCUGGAGGAGGGCCAGGGCCGGACGCUGGCGGCCUCGUGCACGGCCGAGGGCAGCCCGGUGCCCUCGGUGCGCUGGGAGACCGAGGUGCGCGGCACCAACGCCACGCGGCGCUCGGCCCACGCGCGCUCGGCCUCGGUCACCAGCGAGUUCUUCCUGGUGCCCGGGCGCAGCAUGAACGGCAAGAGCCUCACCUGCGUGGUGGCACACCCCGGCCUGCGCCACGAGAAGAGGAUCACCCACCUGCUCAGCGUCGCCUACCUGUCGGAUGCGUCGGUGCUGGGCCACACGGCCGAGUGGCAGGAGGGGAUGGAGGGGGCGGCGCUGACCUGCCUGGGGGACGGCAACCCCCCCCCGACCUACAACUGGACACGGGUGGACGCGCCGCUGCCCGCGGGCGUCAGGGCCAAGGGGGACACGCUGCUGUUCCAGCGGCCGCUGGCCGUGGCCGACGCCGGCGACUACGUGUGCCGAGUGUCCAACCGCGUGGCCGCCAAGGAGGCCCGGGCCAACGUCAGCAUCCGGGGACGCGCCACAGAGGACACCGUGCGCCGCGUGGACCUGGUGUCGGCCUCGGUGGUCGUGGUCGGGGUCAUCGCCGCCGUCCUGCUCUGCGUCCUCGUCAUCGUCGUGGUGGUCAUGACCCUGUACCACAAACGCAAGACCCAGCGCAUCUCCGAGAAGUACGAGGAGGAGCUGACGCUGACCCGGGAAAAUUCCAUCCGGAGGCUCCACUCCAGCCACAGCAGCGACCCCCGGGCACAGCUGGAGGAGACGCUGCAGCUGCGGACGGAGAGUCGCCAGGGCAGCCUGCGAGGGGACAGCCUGCGAGGGGACAGCCUGCGAGGGGACAGCCUGCGUGGCACCAGCAUCUGCUCUGCCAUGAGCGAGGAGCCCGAGGGCCGCAGUUACUCCACGCUCUCCACGGUGCGGGAGAUCGAGACGCAGACCGACGUCCCCGUCGUCCCCGUUGUCACCGCGGCGCCACCGCCGCCGGCGCCUGGCGGGAAGGACCCCAAGGAGGAGGAGGAGGAGGGGGGCGGCGGGGGGGACCCCAUCAAGGCGGCCAUGACGCACUUCGUGCAGGAGAACGGGAUGCUGCAGGCCAAGCCCAGCUCCAACGGCAUCUACAUCAACGGCCGCGGCCACCUGGUGUGAGCCGGGCACCGGGGGGACACCUGGGGACACCUGGGGACACCUGGGGACACCCGGGGACAGCCGGCCCCCCCCCCCCCGCACCCGCCUGGCUCUGUCCCCGCCGCUCCGGUCCCCGGAUGUCACCUCCCUGCUGGUGUGGGGUCAAGAUGGACUCUGGUCCCCGGGUGUCACCUCCCUGCUGGUGUGGGGUUGGGGACAAGGACAGUGCCCCAGGACUGUGUCACCUCCCUGCUGGUGUGGGGCUGGGGACAAGGACAGUGCCCCAGGACUGUGUCACCUCCCUGCUGGUGUGGGGCUGGGGACAAGGACAGUGCCCCAGGACUGUGUCACCUCCCUGCUGGUGUGGGGCUGGGGACAAGGACAGUGCCCCAGGACUGGCUGCGGUCCCUGGGUGUCACCUCCCUGCUGGUGUGGGGUCAAGCAAAGACUCUGGUCCCCAAGUGUCACCUCCCUGCUGGCACAUGGAGCUGGGCACACCACCAAGCCCCAGGACAUUCUUCAGUCCCCAAGUGUCGCCUUGCUGCUGGCACAGGCUUGGGGACACCACUGAGCUCAAGGACAUUCUCCUGUCCCCAAGUGCCACCUCCCUGCCAUCACAGGCUUGGGGACACCACCAAACCCCAGGACAAGCUCCUGUCCCCAAGUGCCACCUCCCUGCCAUCACAGGCUUGGGGACGAGCCCCAGGACGAGCUCCUGUCCCCAGGUGCCACCCAACCGCGGGCUGGGGACACUCGUGGUGACACCGGGGACACCCAGGACUCCCCAAACUCCCCAGGACCGAGCAGGGCAGGAGCCCCCGUGUCCCCCCAAACCCCCCCGGGCUGGGUGGCACUGGGGACAGCCGUGUCCCCUCUCGCGGUGGCACUGGGGACAGCCGUGUCCCCUCCCCCGGGCUGGGGGAGGGGCUGUACAGCCGUGUAUAGACCCUGUAAAUAAAGGACCCGCGGG